UCCGGGCGGCGAGCGAGAGCUUCAGCUGCAGUUUGACAGCGGCGGAGGUGCGCGACGAGUCUCGGCGGAGAUUAUGUGUUUAUAUAAAUGAUAUAAAUGCUGUUUCGCUGCAGUGAUCGCGCUGACAGCACCGCCAUCGGCUCACUGACGCCUCGACACGCGAUGUUUGACGAGCGCUGGCUGCUGCAGUUGAAGGCUGAUGUGUGAUUGGCGCUCUGCCACUGUCCGCCAGCAUGGUAGACAUGGAGAAGCACUACAACCCCCCGUCGCCACUGGACGACUCCGUGCUGGACAGUCCUCUGUGCCAGGACUUCAUCGGGGGAAUGGAAGCCCUUCAGGACAUCUCUCAGUCCAUCGAUGAGGACGCUCUCAGCAACUUCGAGGUGACCGAGAACCAGUCUUCAGGUCUGGGAUCCGGAUCGGAGUGCUCCACUGCGUUAGAUGCGCUAACUCCCGCGUCCAGCCCGUCGUCGUGUGUGUACGGCGGCCCGGCGGGACAGGACGAGUUCACCUCCACCUCUCUGAACCUGGAGUGCCGCGUGUGUUCGGACCGCGCGUCAGGAUACCACUACGGCGUUCACGCGUGUGAGGGCUGUAAGGGUUUCUUCCGCCGGACCAUCCGUCUCAAACUGGAGUACGAUAAGUGUGAACGCCGCUGUAAGAUCCAAAAGAAGAACCGGAACAAGUGCCAAUACUGUCGCUUUCAGAAGUGCCUGUCUGUGGGCAUGUCCCACAAUGCCAUCCGCUUUGGGCGAAUGCCACAGUCGGAGAAGCUGAGGUUGAAGGCGGAGAUCCUAACGGGAGAGCGAGAGGUCGAAGACCCGCAGCUGGCCGAUCAGAAAACUCUGGCCAAGCAGAUCCAUGAGGCCUACCUGAAAAACUUCAACAUGAACAAAUCCAAAGCACGGACCAUCCUGACGGGCAAGACGAGCACACCGCCUUUUGUCAUCCACGACAUGGAGACGCUGCAGCUGGCCGAACAGACCCUUGUGGCCAAGAUGGUGGGCUCUUCUGCGGCUCUGCUGAAUAAAGACGCUGAGGUUCGAAUAUUCCACUGCUGUCAGUGCACUUCGGUUGAGACGGUGACUGAACUGACUGAAUUUGCCAAGUCCGUGCCAGGCUUCUCAAACCUGGACUUAAAUGACCAGGUGACAUUAUUAAAGUAUGGCGUUCAUGAGGCGUUCUUUGCCAUGUUGGCGUCGUGCAUGAAUAAAGACGGUCUGCUGGUCGCGUACGGCAAUGGCUUUAUCACCAGAGAGUUUCUGAAGAGCUUGCGACGGCCGUUUGGCGAAAUGAUGGAGCCCAAGUUUCAGUUUGCAAUGAAGUUUAACUCCCUCGAACUGGACGAUAGUGACCUUGCGCUGUUUGUCGCUGCUAUCAUCUGCUGUGGAGAUCGGCCAGGCCUGGUGAACGUCCCGCACAUCGAACGCAUGCAAGAGAGCAUCGUAAACGUGCUUCACCUGCACCUCAAGAGCAACCAUCCCGACAACGGUUUCCUCUUCCCUAAACUCCUCCAGAAACUAGUGGAUCUGCGGCAGCUGGUGACGGAGCACGCUCAGUUAAUACAGGAAAUCAAAAAGACAGAAGACACUUCGCUGCAUCCCUUACUGCAGGAGAUUUACAGAGACAUGUACUGAGUCGCCACUGGCUCGUUCGUCCUAGAAAAAGACGUGCUCGGAGAAGGCCGUUUCUCUCAGGGGCCCUUAAAACAAGUCCCCUCCAGCGAUACUGUGAGCUUUUAUAAGGGGCGUCACGUGAACCACUAUUUCUGGAAUUUCUGGAUGAAAACGGCAGGAACAUCAGGGCUCUUCAAGACCGUUGAGUUAAACGAUGGUUGGUGCGGUUUUUGAUUUAAAGAGAAAAACAAAACAAGACAAUGCCAAUUAGAAUGCAUCCUGUGGUUUUAGGAUCUUUUUUUGGAUAUUUUAUAAACUGGCCUCUAUGGCCAGAAACUGUGAAUAGAAACCCUAAAAUCCAACUUAUUCAUACAGCAAUAUGAUUUUUAUAUUGACAAGGUAACUUUUGAUAGCGUACGCUUUAAACCUGCAGUUCUCACCCAAGUGACUUCCACAUAGACCUGACUAGUGAAACUGACCGUUUUAACGCUACAGGGAUUUGCUUCAUUUCGUUCUUUGUUUUUUUUCACGCUAACCUGGACAAACAAGUCUCCAGUCAUCAUAUUUCAACAUUUGCGAAUGUUUAGUGGUUUCGUUUUCCCAUUUAUUGUGAAUUAUUUAUUGUUUUAUCAUCUGACUCCCAAUAUUACGGCCUCAGUUUCACCAGCGCACAGACUCGGACAUCUCCAAGCGUUCAUCACUGCAGUUUUCAAGUUGUAAAAUACAAAACAGAUCAAUACCUCACGACCGAUGCCUUCUGACAGAGCACAAGCGCUCCAUCUUGUGCAGUUUUACAGUGAGCUACUGUUUAAAGGGCUAAAGGAGCAAGAAAACGACAAGUGAGGCCUGUCACAGCAUUUAUUCAGCAAACGUGAUGAAAAUGCAGUGCAAAUGCAUUAAUGUUUGAGCGAACCAAACUUCUGUUGUUUGAAACACCGAUGUCUUCAUUCUGUGUUGAGUUUGCAUGUUCUUCCUCAUGCAAAUUAGGUUUAAUGACAGUAACCGUUCCGUAAAGAGCCCAUUUCCAUUUCUACAUGGCCGUUGUUAAAGGAAGCAUUCAAUGCAGUAACCCAGAAAUCACUGCACGGAGUUGCAUUUGCACUGUUGCGAUGCGCUGCUGCCCACAAUCUGCAGAUGCAAAGCUUAGCUUGCUUUAAUUUCCUUCCUGUCUGAGGGAAAAUUUCACACUGUUUGUCCGUUUGUCUUUCCAGCAGUGUCGCUCUUCUCCGUUCUUGGCGUUUUCUCAGAACCGCAGUGCCUUGUCUAGUCUUUGCAGUGAAGAACACAUCACUUUUCUACUCUCUACUCUACUUUUCUACACUUUUCUACCAAUAUAAACCAGAAAGAAAAGCUAAUCGUAUAAAUCCGUAUCAAACCAAACCCUGUGUGGUUAUCUACGUUAAAAAGUUGUUGUGUAAGGGCCUGUUCACACAGAACGCAUUUUUGCAUGAUACUGUGAUGCUUUUCCAUUGUUUUCUUUAUGUAAACAUGCACUAGACUGACAUGUUUGACUAUUGCGCUCACGUGUUUUAUGGCGACUAACGCAUGAGACUGCACUCGGUUUCAUAGACCUUUCGUUUUGCUGCCAUGUCUCAUGUUUUUAAAUGCAAAAGCAUAUUCUGUGUGAACUGGCCCUAAGACUUCAAUGGUACAUAAAGUGGCGUUCGCUGGAUUAGACUGCGUAGGAUUAAUUAAACGGAGAAUCAAGCUACAAAUUGGAUUCCUAAAAAUAUUAUGGAGCCACUAAAAAGACAUGGUGGUGCCAAAUAACAUGGGAUAGAGUAAACAAAUAUUGUUUGUUAAUUAUUAAUUGUUAACCCAAGAAAUUUCAAGUUUGAUUAUAAAAGUAUUGCGUUCCAAAAGAAAAAAACCCCAAAACUUUGCAUUGUUUGCAAAACAUUUUUGUUUGCUUGACUUUUUCACUUACAAAAAUAUUGUGUUCCAAGAAAAAAUCUUUGCAAACAUGCUUAAAAAUAUUGUGUCGCCCCAAAAAACUUUGCAUUUGCUUGCAAAACAUUUUUGUUUGCUCACCAAAGUAUUGCGUUCCAACAAAAAACUUAACAAUCAUACCUAAAAAUACUGCAAGUUUGUUCUAUAACAUUUGUGUUCACUCACAAAAGUGUUGCGUUCCAACAGAAAACUUCGCAAUUGAUCUUAAAAAUAUUGCGUUGCCCCAAGAAAUUUAAAGUUUAAUCACAAAAUUAUUGCGUUCCAACAAAAUUUUUGCAAUUGCUCUUAAAAAUAUUGCGUUGUCCCAAAAAAUUUGCAUUUGUUUGAAAAACAUUUUUUGUUCGCUCACGAAAGUAUUGCAUUUCAACAAAAAAACUUUGCAAUAGCUCUUAAAAAUAUUGUGUUGCCCCAAAAAACUUUGCAUUUUUUAAAAAAACAUUUUUGUUCGCUCACAAAAGUAUUGUUCCAACAAAAAAAAAAUGUUGCAGUUACUUCUUAAAAUAUUGCAUUGCCCCAAAACACUUUGCUUUUGCUUGCAAAACAUGUUUGUUCGCUCAAAAAAGUCAUGUUCCAACAAACAAACUUUGCAAACACUCUUAAAAAUAGUUACGUUUGCUUGCAAAACAUUUUUGUUUGCUCAUGAAAGUAUUGCGUGCCUAUAAAAAAAAGUAACAAUCACUCCUAAAAAUAUUGCGAGUUUGUUUGCAAAACAUUUGUGUUCACUCACAAAAGUAUUGCGUUCCAACAGAAAACUUUGCAAUUGCUCUUAAAAAUAUUGCGUUGCCCCCAGAAACUUAGCGUUUGCUCACAAAACAGUUUUGUUCGCUCACGAAAGUAUUGUGUUUCAACAAAAAAUGUUUUACAAGCAAACAGUUUGAGAGCAAACGCAUUUAAGAUUGCAGUAUUUUUGUGAGAGAAAGCAAAUGUUUUGUGAGCAAACAUAGUUUUUCUUGAGUAAAUGCAAUACUUUUUAGCGAAUACAAAAGUUUUGCGAGCGAACGGAAUACUUUUUUUUAAUAGAGAAUGUAUUUUGUGAUUGAACCCAUAAUUUCUUGGGGUAACACAAUAUUUUUGCGAACUAACACAAAUGUUUCGUGAGUGACCGCAGAGUUUCCGGGUGAACUUAAAUGUUUUGCGCAAAUGAUUUGUCCAAACCACAAUACUUUAACAAAUAAAUGCAAACGUUUUGCAAAUGACAGUAAAGUUUCUUGAAAAACACAGUACUUUUGUAUACAACAGUUUUGCGAACGAUCGCAGAGUUUCUUGGGAAACAAGUUAAUUUUGCGAACAAAUGCAAAAGUUUUACGAAUGACCACAAAGUUUCUCGGGGAAACACAAUUUUGCGAACAAAUACAAAAGAUUUGCAAUAUCCACAAAGUUACUCGGGAAACACAAAACAAAGUCAAAUACGAUUGAUCGCAAAGUUUUUUGGGAAACACAGUACUUUUGCGAACGAAUGAAAAAGUUUUGCGAAUUAUCGCAAAGUUUCUCGGGAAACAGUACUUUUUUUCGAAUUAAUACACAAUAUUUUUGCUAACGAAUGCAAACGUUUUGCGAAUAAUGCAAAGUUUCUUAAGAAACACAGUUCUUUUGCGAAGAAUGCAAAGGUUUUGACCGCAAAGUUUCUCGGGAAACGAUACUUUUGCAAACAAAAGUGAAAUGCGAUUCAUCGCAAAGUUUUUCAAGAAACACAGUACUUUUGCGAAUGAAUGAAACAGUUUUGCGUAUGACCCGCAAAGUUUCUCAGGAAACAAAAUACUUUUGCGAACGAAUGGAAAAGUUUUGCAAAUUAUCGCAAAGUUUCUCGGGAAACACAAUACUUUUGCAAACGAAGUCAAAUGCGAUUCAUCGCAAAGUUUUUUAGGAAACACAGUACUUUUGUGAAUGAAUACAAACGUUUUGCGAAUUAUCACAAAGUUUCUUGGGAAACAAUACUUUUUCUAAUGAAUACAAAAGUUUUGCAAAUAACGGCAAAGCUUCUCGGAACCCACAAUUCUUUUGUAAACAAAUGCAACAGUUUUGUGAAUAACCACAAAAAUUCUUGGGAAACACAACACUUAUAAAGUUUUGCGAGUGACUGCAAAGUUUCGAAGGGGAAUGUAAUACUUUUGUGAGAAAACGCAAAUGUUUUUCAAUUUAUCGCAAAGCUACUGAGGGAUCGCAACACUUCAGCGAGAUACGCCCAUCACUAUGUUCCCUUUGGGGCUCUGUAAAACAACACCUACGAUUUCUUGUGAAUGUGAACAUUUAGUUUUCCUUGUCACCAGCUUUACCGUUCUGAAGUUGUGAGCAAUAACGAUCAACUUAUUGUCUGUUUCCGGGUCAAAAACUACUUUUUGCAUGUGAAAACUCAGUAUAAUGAUUCAUAGUAAGUACUUGGAAACCUUUUUUAGACUUAAAAAUGCGUUCACAGGCAGUGAUUAAACUGCUGGAGGUCAUCAAGUCUUUUAGUUGCUAUUCGUUCAACAGCAGGUUGCUUCUUAUUUGCAUAAAGCUGAAAGCUGCUCGUCAGCAGUCGCCAAAAAAUCUCUUAUUCAGAGCAUAACUUUUGGUCAUAUUGUCACUGCAAAUCGCUGAACGUGUCACAUUUAAACAACGUAUUCAGCUGUAUCCGUGAACUCACUUUUCUGCAAAUGGAUGCACUUAAACUGUAAAGUUGUGUUUGUAACUGGAAAUGCUGAAGCUUUGCAAUGCUGUAAAUAGCGGACACUUGAUCAAGGCAUCGUCUUGACUUUUUGAUAAACGCAUUUUAACGGCUAAGACAUUGUAUGCAUUUAGGUAUUAUGCACUACCGAGAUUAUGACCUUGUUGAUUGAAAUGUAGUCUUUUUAUACUAAAGCAAAGGUAUCUUUAUUAAUAUAUAUAUAGUAAAUGCGGUGAAAUGAGAGUUUUAUGCAGUGCAAUGUAAAUAUGGGGGAAGAUUUAUCACCAAACGACAUUUGCAUGGUAAUUCAUGUCGUAUUUUCCACAUUCCUUUUAAAUUCAGCGUGAGGAUCUGCACAUUUCCACCCUAAAUGAAUAAAUAAAUGGAGCGGCUGAUUAUCGCGAAGACUUAUUAUGUUGUAUGAGUUUUACUAAUGGUAAUUUGUCCAUUUGGAUUUUAUCCGUAUAGUUUCCUCUUGGUUGAUAUGACAUAAGUGAUCAUUUUUAUGGAAGCUUGUUUCCAUCACAGGAUUAAAAAAAUAAAAAGGGUAAUUGCGACAAUUCUGAACAAAUUAGGUAGUGGGACACUUGGCGUCUUUUUUAGAUUUUAGUACAGGAACCUUGAUUUUUGUGAUAUCUACUUCAAAUUCGGAACAUAACUUAGUUAGACAUACAGCUUUGAUUUUAUAGGAGUUUUGAUUCCAAAAUAUUGGUAAAACCUAUUUUUUAUAAAAAUGCUGAAGCUGAAAAGGCAAAAAUUGCAAGAUGUAAACUCGGAAUUCUGAGAGGGAAAAAAUUCAGAAUUUAAAAAAAAAUAUAAACUCAGAAUUCAAAGGAAAAAGGUAAACAUUUUAAGAAACUUUCUGGGUAAUUCUGGGUAAAAAAAAUUUGCAAGAUAUAAACUCAAAAUUCUGAGAAAAACAUGAGAAUUGUGAGAUAUAAACUCAGAAUUCAAAGAAAAGAAGUAAAAAUUGUGAGAAGCUCAAAAUUUUGAGAAAAAAUGGCAAGAUAUAAUCUCGAAAUUCUAAGAAACAAACAUCAGAAUUGUGAGAUAUAAACUGAAUUCUAAAACAAAAAAAUCAGAAUUGCGAAAUAUAAACUUAGAAUUCAAAGAAAACAAGUAAAAAUUGUGAGACUAAAUUCUGAGAAAGAAAAUAAAAAAUUGCAAAAUAUAAACUAAAAAUUCUGAGAGAAAAAAACCCAUCAGAAUUGUGAGAUAUAAACUGAAUUCUAAAACAAGAUCAGGAUUGUAAAAUAUAAAUUCAGAAUUCAAAGAAAAGAAGUAAAAAUUGUGAGAAACUCAAUUUUGAGAAAAAAAUGGCAAGAUAUAAUCUCGAAAUUCUAAGAAACAAACAUCAGAAUUGUGAGAUAUAAACUCAGAAUUAAAAAAAAAAAAAGUAAAAAUGGUGAGAAACUCAAUUCUGAGAAAGCAAACAUCAGAAUUGCGAGAUAUAAACUGAAUUCUAAAACAAAAAAUCUGAAUUGCAAAAUAUAAACUUAGAAUUCGAAGAAAAAAAAGUAAAAAUUGUGAGAAACUCUGAGAGAAACAUAAAAAAUUGCAAGAUAUAAACUCAAAAUUCGAAAUGAAAAAAAAACCAUCAGAAUUGCGUAAACAUUGUGAGAAACUCAAAAUUCUGAGAUACAAAAUCAGAACUGCAAGAUAUAAACUGAAUUCUAAAAAUGUCAGAAAAAAGAAAAAGUAAAAAUUGUGAGAAACUCAGAAUUUGGAGAGAAAUAAAAAAUGACGAGAUAUUUCCGAGAAUUUUUUUUUCUAAAAGAAAAGAAUUGUUCAGAACAUCAGAAUUGUGAGAUACAAACUGAAUUCUGAAACAAAAAUUCUAAAUUGCGAAAUGUAAACAGAAUUUUUUUUUUUUUUUUUUUUUUUUUUUU